AGAAAUCCCCAAAAAAACCAUGAAAAUCCCGCAAGCCAUCGCUGAAAUCGUGUCGGAAUUCUCCGGGAUUAACCGUUCCCCAAAUGCUCCACUAAAAUGCACACCGUCUUCCCGAAAAUGCUCAAUGGCCACGCCACCAACGUCCACCACGUCAUCAGCCUGUAAUUCUGGAGCAUCGUCACCGAGAAGGAAGCUCUCCGAGCCGGCUCAACGCAAACAUUCAGUGGUUAUUGCUGUUGGAGUGAGCCCAAUCCAAACCUGCACCAUCGAUCCCAAACUGCUCAACAAGAACUUUGACUAAUGGAAUUAUUGAUUUUUUGCGUUGUUUUUUGCCGUGCCAUAGAUCUAAUUAUUAUUUUACCUUCCCGGUCAUUUUUUGUAUAUAAAUGUAUAUUUGAGAGAAAACAAUAAAGUGUUUCGUUUUUU